CAUUGUUGAGGUUCAAUUUUUAGAAUUCCUGUUGAUUCUUUCUGGAAUUCAUGCAGGUUGGGAUGAUUACUCUUCUUACCUUGACAGGAUUGCUUGUAUUUAUGCUUUUCCUUCUGACUGCAACUGUCAAUGCCAUUAUCGUCUCCCUUCUCCUUUCUUUGGCAGCAGCAGGAGGCUUCUUGGCACUAUUUUUUGCUUGUGUAACUGCUAUUUAUAUUGGGGCAUUAUCUGUUGCUGCUUUUGUUAUUUCCACUGCAACAAUUUCAGCAAUUUUCGCUGUUAUGGUGGCUACAGGUUGGAUUGGGUUCUUUUGUGUCUUUUGGUUGGCUAUGAAGAAAAGUGUGGGUCUUGCUAAGCACUCAUUGCGCAUCACUGGUUCAACACUUUCAGCUUACUCUUCUGCUCAGCGUGCUCGUCACCAGAAUGAACCGGAAUACAUUUCAAAUUGAACUGUUGCUACAAACUUAUGUGCGUAGAUGUUUAUAUGCCUUCAAUACUUGUAUAUGUUUAAUAAUAUUCUGGACCUUGUCUAUAGUUUGGGAGCAUUUAUUUCUUUUAGUACUGAGUCUGAAGCAUAUUUUAUUUAUUAAUUAAGGAUUUUCAAAGGACUGAAGCAGUUGCGUUCUGUAUAUUUAUACGUAACAAAAAAUGAAAGUUUUAAGAAGUUUUAAGGGUAUGUUUGGUUGGGGGGUAAUCCCUUAUUAUUGAGAUAA